CUUGCAGGUUUCGUCAACUAUCCAGCGGUUCAUCCAGACUGGUCUAAUUGUUCAGGACCGCCGUGGUGUUAACGACCUCAGCACAGGAAAGGGAGACCUACGCAGACUCGUAAUGGAGGAAAUAGCAAAUGCAGGGACAUGGGAGUCGCUCAAACCCGCACUAUCGGGCCCAAUGUAAGUCUCAACUGCCUCACCAAUUAUUCAGUCUUCCGUCCCACGGGGUGCUUUGCGCAUACUCGGACGCUUACUGGAACCCCAACCAGGCUCGACGCACUGCGGACGCUCUCUUUCUCGCAAAUGACGCCAGUGCAAGCUUCAACCGUGCCACUCUUCAUGAAGAACAAGGACGUGGUGGUUGAAGCAGUCACUGGCUCAGGGAAGACUCUUGCCUUUGUUAUACCCAUUCUCGAAAUGCUGUUGCGCCGCCAUAGGGACGGACGCCCGCUGUUGAAGAAUCAGAUAGGAGCUCUGAUUAUAUCGCCAACGAGAGAACUCGCGAGACAGAUAUUCGAUGUGACAACAACAUUUUUGGAUGCCAUCAACGCCGCUUCGGCCGCUGAAGCGGAGGCUGCAGAGGCUGAUAGGGAAGGGGCAGAAGGGGCGGAAAACACAGCGUUGGAGGAUGCAGAGCGGAUAACACCGACCCUGAGGCAUAUGCUGUUCAUCGGUGGGAAUAACGUCCAUGACGACGUGAUCGAGUUCCAAAAACUAGGAGCACAGGUCGUCAUUGGGACACCAGGGCGAUUGGACGACUUGCUGAAGCGGGGAGCUCUAUUCAACACGAAAGAGCUGGAAGUCCUGGUGUUGGACGAAGCGGACAGAUUGCUGGACAUGGGAUUCGAGCAGGUCCUCACUGCUAUCAUCCAACGACUCCCGAAACAGCGAAGGACGGGGCUAUUUUCCGCUACAAUGUCCGAUGCACUGAAUCAGCUUGUCAGAGUCGGUUUAAGAAAUCCCGUACGUGUGCAAGUCAAGGUGGAAAGCCUGAACAAGAAGGUCAAGGAGCAGGUCACACCAGCUUCUUUGGAAAUUGGUUAUGUUCUCUGCACACCGGAGCAAAAGAUGGUGCAGUUGAUCUGCUUUCUGCGGAACCAACGGCAUAAGAAGUAUAUUGUCUACUUCUCAACCUGCGCAUGCGUUGACUACUUUUUCAAGAUCCUCAGCAGUCUCUCGUACCUAAAAGACUUCACAUUCUACUCCUUACACGGCAAGAUGGACCCGAAACGCCGCGAGCUCGUCUACAAAAAGUUUACAUCCGCUCCAUCCUCCUCCGUCCUCGUCUGCACAGACGUCGCAGCCCGUGGGUUAGACAUCCCAGACGUAGACUACGUUAUCCAGUUCGAUCCACCACAAGAUCCCAAAGCGUUCGCCCAUAGAUGUGGACGUACUGCUCGGUUAGGAAGACAGGGCAAAGCCGUAGUGUUCCUCACACCCGAGGAAGACACCUACGUUGAGUUCCUCAAGAUCCGCAAAGUCCCCAUGAUCGAGCUUCCCUUACAAAUCGACGAACGACCAGAUGAACCAGGCAUCACACCUUCCGGGAAACCAUCCACGGUCAACCCCGUAAUCAAUCAGGAAACGGUCCUCCAAUCCAUUCAGAAGCUCAACACGAAAGAUCGCGACGUCUUUGAGAAAUCGACAAAGGCUUUCGUAUCCUGGGUCCGCGCUUACAAUGAACACCAGGCUUCUUAUAUCUUCCGCUUCAAAAACGUUGACAUCGCCUCCGUCGCCCGCUCAUACGGUCUUCUUCGUCUGCCUAAGAUGCCGGAACUGAAAGACCGUAAGAUCGAGUUCACACCCCUAGGCUCCGGCCCCGGCGCCAAGAUCAACGUCGACGAGAUAAAGUACAAAGACAAAGCGCGCGAAAAGCAGCGACUUGCGAAACUGGAAAAAGAGAAAAGCGAAGCGGCGAUCGCGAAAAAGCAGGCAGAGCUCGCGAGGACCAAAGCUAAGCGGAAGAUAGCGGAAAAAGACGCGAGCUGGUCGCAGCAUCGGGAGCUGAAGGAACGAAGGUUGGAGAGGAGGGAGAAGAGGGAGAAGAAACGGACGGCGGUUGCGAAGGCGAAGGCCGCGGGCACGUUUGUGGCCAAGAAUGCGGAUGGGAGUGUUGCGGAUGGGGAGGUUGUUGCGACGACUGCGCCUGGGAAGCGGGCGAGGAAGGAGGAUGAUGCUGAGGCGAUGUCGGAUUCGGGGAGCGAGGGCGAGGAUUGGAAGGAGAUGAAGGUGGCUACGAAGAAGGCUAAGGUUUCCAAAUCGAUGUUUGGAGGAUUGGAUUGAAGGCCGAUAUCUCGAUCUCCCUUCACAGGCGCAUCAAUUAGUUUCAAGGCGUCGUUCUGUAGCUAUUUGUACAUAGUCCCUCGUGCAUAGAUUCAGUAACUUAAUCCACGAUACUUAUCUACAUACUCGCUGGCCAACCCCUUGCUCAGUUUUCCUCAAUAGCUCCCAUCUCUCAACA